GUCAUCACGAUUGACUACGGGAUUCAGGGAGAACAGGAAGAUCCCAACAGCGUUGAGCAUUCCUCUCCAUCUCGAUCGGGUUGUGAACACACGCGUUAUAAUCACUUGAAGGUCUGACUGACUGGAUUCUGGACGCAGCUCCUUCUGUCGUGGAAGGUGUUUUUGUAUUUGAAGUGUGUUUGACAAGGGCUCACUAAGAUGUGGAAGGCAGCAGCAGGACAGUCAAUUAAGGUGACUGUAGCUGAUGGAGGUGACGACUGGGAGACUGACCCAGACUUUGAGAAUGAUGUGUCCGAGAAGGAGCAGCGCUGGGGUGCCAAGACAGUGGCUGGUUCAGGACAUCAAGAGCACAUUAAUAUCCAUCAGCUGCGUGAAACAGUGUCAACAGAGCAUACUAGCUUGAAACAGCAGGAAUUGGAUAAUAUGCCCAAGGCCUCGCAUGGAUAUGGAGGAAAAUUUGGGGUGCAACAGGACCGCAUGGACAAGUCUGCUGUUGGCCAUGAAUACCAAAGCAUGUUAUCCAAGCACUGCUCCCAGACCGAUAACUCCAAGGGCUUCGGAGGGAAGUAUGGCGUUCAAGCUGACCGUGUGGAUCAGUCUGCAGUUGGGUUUGAGUAUGCCGGGAAAACAGAGAAACACGCCUCACAGAAAGACUAUAACACUGGGUUUGGCGGGAAGUACGGUGUACAGGCAGAUCGUGUUGACCGGAGCGCAGUGGGCUUCGAUUACCAAGGCAAAACCGAGAAACAUGAGUCCCAGAAAGAUUAUACUAAAGGUUUCGGUGGAAAGUUUGGCGUGGAGAUUGACAAAGUGGACAAGAGUGCUGUGGGCUUUGAGUACCAGGGCAAAACCGAGAGGCAUGAGUCUCAGAAAGAUUAUGUCAAAGGUUUUGGAGGCAAAUUUGGUGUGCAGACGGACCGGCAAGAUAAAUCUGCCCUGGGGUGGGAUCAUCAGGAGAAACUACAGCUCCACGAAUCCCAAAAAGACUAUAAGCGUGGGUUUGGAGGGCAGUAUGGGGUAGAGGUGGAGAGGCAGGACAAGAGUGCCCUGGGCUAUGAGUACAAGGAGAACCUGGCCAAGCAUGAGUCACAGAAAGAUUAUUCUAAAGGCUUUGGAGGAAAAUUUGGUGUCCAGAAUGACCGGAUGGAUAAGACCGCAGGCACCUUUGAGGAUGUUGAGAAGCCCAAAUCAACUUACCAGAAAACUAGACCUGUGGAGGCUGCUGGCAGCAGCACAGGGAAUAUUAAGGCUCAGUUUGAGAAUAUUGCCAGGCAGAAGGAGGAAGAGGACAGAAAGCGAGCUGAAGAUGAGCGAGCACGUCGACAGGCCAAGGAGAGACAGGAGCAAGAGGAGGCACGACGUAGAAAUGAAGAGCGGGCCAAAGUUCCCUCUCCAGUUCCUGUUGCGGCGAGCCCCAGUCCCACUCCCAGCCCGACUCCACCUGUCCAGUCUGCCUUUUCUUCAGCAUACGAGAAUGUAGAUGUUAGCAGUGACGCCGUUGAUCAAAAUGGAGAGCAGCUGUAUGAGAUUGAAUCACAGGAUCAAUACAAACAGCCAGAGCCGCUUUAUGACGCCCCUGCUGAAGACGAGCAGCAGUACAAGAUCGGUGAGGAUGCUGGCGUGACCGCGGUUGCCCUAUAUGACUACCAAGCAGCUGGCGAAGAUGAGAUCUCCUUUGACCCUGAUGAAAUCAUCACCAAUAUUGAGAUGAUCGAUGAAGGCUGGUGGCGUGGCGUUUGCAGAGGGGCUUACGGUCUUUUCCCUGCCAAUUACGUUGAACUUCAGCAAUGAAGUCACGCUGCCAAAAAAGGAGAGGUUGUCAACUUUCCUACUCGUACUUUGGUCGAUUUUCUCUUUUAGUUUCUUGAGUGCUCCAACACUGUGCAAGACAUCUCAGAUCUUCUAAAUCAGGAUUCCUUUUUCAAUCACACAAGCAUUUUAUUAUAUUUUUUUUUAACAAUGACUUGAUUCCUUGAUAGAGAACGUACAUGUAAAAAAUGCGGCCUAAAUAAGCUUUGUCUGCAAUGGCCUCAAACAUCCAAGCAACCUGAAUGCAGUUUCCAACCACCCUGAAUGCAAUUUCCAUAUAUUUUAUAUCAAGAUUAAAGUUUAGUUUUACCAAAGAUCAGCGUAAAUACAAAAUGUUUCAGAUGAGCGUGGGGUAAUUACUAUUUAAGGUGGUCAUUGCAUAUCUGAUACUCUCACCAGGGACCAAAGCAUAAUGAUGAUGAGCCCUUAUCUUUGCUUGCUGUCUUACAUUGUUACCAUCAUUGCCCCCAUUUUAGAUAUUGCAUAAAAAUCUUGAGGCUUAGAAAUGAAUGCAAAUUCACUUUAGUCCACUAUUGUUGGACACAGUUGUACAAGUUUUCAUCUUUUAGCUCUUCAUGGAUUUUAGGGGUCAUUGAUGUCGAUGUACAUUUGGGCUGAACUGUGCAUAGAGGGUUCGAGAGUUGUGCUUUAGGAGACUGAAGUGUUAAAAACAUAUUUUUUACUCCAUCAUCUUUUCAUUAUAUUUUUGGUCUUUUUUUUUUUUUUUUUUUGCUUCUUUGAGUGUGGAUUGUGGAUUUGUGUGUCCAAAUUCUUGUCUGACUUGGCAUGAGGUGGUGGUGUUGCACUGUUCAGGAGAAUCCUUAACAUCCAUCAUGGUGACUUGACGUGUCCACCUCAACCUUUAGGAAUUGCAGUAGUGGAGGUAUUAUCAAAUUGUUAUUUGAGGAGUUCCACGACAUAUCGACAUAUUUCUAACAGGCUCCUGGUUGCUUGUGCAGCGUAAAUAGUGUGUGAGCGUGUGUCAGUGAGUGCGUGUUUGCGAGCAUUUAAUUAUUUUUUAUCUUUUGGGGUUUUGUAUUAAUGAAGUGACCUUUCAAAUGAAUUAUUUUUUAUGUGUACUUCUGUCAACUUGAGUCAUGUCACCUGUAUUUUUUUUUUUCAAUAAAUAAAAUAUAUGAAUUGUA